AUGCAGCUGAAUAAAAUCAAGGCAGCACAAAGGCAAAGAGAAGACAACAAGGAGCAGCAGCAACAGCGUUAUGGCUACAGCAAGCCUCAGCUGACAGCAACACGUCCGAGUGCAAUCAGCAGCAGCAAUCAGCGUUACUAUGAGGACAGCAGCAAAUACUACAGCAAGCAGCUGGCGUAUAGCGCUGCUCCCUCAGCAACUGUUGCUGGCGUGCAUGUGGUGGAGCAUGUGGUGAAUCCCAGCAAUGCAUUGCUCAGCGAGCAGCAGCCAAGUCCCAACUAUGCGCGCAAGUGUCCGCAGCACUAUGAGCCGCCCACAGAGCAGCGCAGCGCUGCCACAACUGCCACGCCCACGCACAGUCAACAGCAACAGUUGAGAAGCGCAAAUGAUGUGGUGAGACGGGACAGCGGUAGCUUGGACUACAGACGCAGUGCGUCAGGCUAUGGCACAAACAGCAGCAGCAGCAGUUACUAUGGCAAAACGCUGGCAGAGCAGCCGCCCGCCUUGCCACGCGCCUCGCUCUAUAAUAAUCCCUACAAUGCAGCAGCAGCCACUGAGAAACAGCAGCAGAUGUCAGCGGUAGCGCCACCGCCGCCGCCAGCAGCAGCAACUCAAGCUGCAGCGCCACAUGGUUAUCCCACCAAGUAUGGCAAGUUGCUGCCACCACAGCCACAACAAUCAGCACGCAGUUCCUCUAGUUAUGCCACAUAUUAUCACCAUGGCGCGCCCUCGCCAGCUGCCGCCCAAGUGGCCUCGCCCACGCCCGCCCAACAGCUCUACAAUCAUACGCCACCGCCCACUGCCCCCAGCGCUUCCGCCUGCUCCUCAGCAGGAGCCGCCGCCGCCGCCAGCAGCAGCAGCAGCAGCAACAAUUACUCAACGCUCCAGGUUUAUGCGCAUGGUCCGGACAUUUGCUGCCAGCCCGCAGCAGCGUCAAGCAUCAAGGCCACGCUGCCCGUGGCCACGCCCCUCAGCAGCAGUAAAAAGAGCACGCCCACAGCCAAGCCAAAUUAUCGCGAACUGAUCAAAUCCUUUCAACGCAGCACGGCCAACGAGGAGGAGCUCAAUCGGCAGAUUAUCGAGCGUGCGCUCAAAAUGGAAGCGCCCGCGCCUGCAGCUGCGAUUGUGUCCGCACCCGCGCCCGCUCCCGUUCCCAUGCCAGCGCCCGUUAUACAGCAGCUGUCACGCCCAAUGCCAACGCCGCCCGCCGCACACUCGCCACUGGAUCUGUCUAUGCGCACGGUCAAGCAGACCGCCGACUCCACGGACUACAAGUACCAAGCGCCGCCGCCGCCGUCGCUCUCGAGCUCCAACCAAAGCCUAGCCACGGGCUUGGGUCUACCUCGCUUCGACAUUACGCCGAACUUUGCGCGCAGCAGCAACGGCAACGGCAGCAGCAGCGCUGCCACCGCUGUCAUCCGCCAGGCACCAUCGAGUGUUGUCGCUGCCUCGCCGCUGAUAAUCAAAGCCGCCCAGCAACAACGUCCCAGUGUGCUGGAGACCAAUCCCUUUGCCAAGCGCCAACUGCCCGCCGAGACAAGCCUGAGCAACAAUUGCUGCCCAGCGCCUGCAACAACAACAACAGCAGCAGCAGCAACAGCAACAAUUGUUGCCAACACAACAGCAGCAGCAGCAGCUGCACCCAAUCACUUGGGACGCAAGCGUUAUCUGGAGAACUAUUUGGCUGCAGCGGCGGCCAAACAGACGCGACUAUCGGAGGAGUCCAGCAGCAGCAGCAGCAUCGCCGCCGCCGCCGCCGCUGCAUUGACUGUGCCCGUCAUAGUCUGUGCGCCGUCCAAGGCGGAGGCUGCAGUGCAGCCCAAGCUGGAGCCACGCAUACGCACCAAAGCGGAGCUCAAAGGAUUUACGUUUACGCCGCCCGUGCUAGCGCCCGCCAGUUCCACAACAACAGUCAGCGCUGUGGAGACACCAGCGGUGAAGCCGCCCAUACAAAUCAAGCUGGAGCCAGAGCUGGACAUGGAGCAGCCCAACUUCAAUAGUCACAAUCUGCUCGACUGGGGCAAUGCCUGCAACAAUCUAGUGGAGCAGCUGAUGCACAAGGUGCUGCCGCCCAAAACGCCACCACAAGCAGUGGCAGCAACAGCAGCACCAGCAGCAGCAGCAGCAAUUGUCUUGCCCAUCAGCAGCAGCGUCAAGUUGGAACUAAGUGAGGACGAUUUACCUGUGGCGCGCAUACUCAAGCGUCAGCCUGUUAUACAAGCUGUGGAUGCGGAGUCCACGACAACGCAGCUGACGACCACCACCAAUAAUACGAACAAUGGCUUGGGCCAGAAGAAGCUCAGCAAGGCAAGAGAGGCGAAGAGCCUGCUAGUCAAGGGCAAGGGAAGGGUGAGGACCCAGCAGCUGAGCAGCGAUGAGGAGCAAGAGCAGGAUGAGGCCAACAGCAGCAGCAACCAAAAGAGCAAACUGAAGCGCAAGGGCAAGCAGCUGACAAAGGCGCAAGAGAAGGAGAAAGCGAGCAAGCAGCUGCCCAGUGAGAGCAGCAGCAGCAGUAGCAGCAGCAGCAGCAAUAGCAGCAGCCAAAGCACCAGCAGCAGCAGCGAAGAUGCAGCUGAGGAGCAAAGAGUCAAGAGCAAACCAAAAGGAGCGCAGCUUAAGAAUCGCAUCGCUUUGAAUACCAUGACACGCUCGAAGCGCAAGAAGGAGCUCGAGCUGCAGUUGGCCAACAGCAAAGUGUUGCGCAAUGACAAAAUCAUACGCAACUCAACGACGAAGAUUAAGCGGAAAUAUGUGCGUAAGUUAGUACCUGAUAGCAAGAAGGAGAUGAUUGGUGACAGACUGGCAAAAGCCGGCAGGGCGUCGCCAGGCAGGAGAGCUGAGGGCCUGGAAGAGCGCGGCCGCAACGUCGGUUUGAAGCACCAGAGCAAUGUUGUGCUGCCUGAUGAUGCCAAGCGGCAUUUCAGCAUCUUCGACACCAAAGUGCUGCAAAGCAAAACGCGCCACGAGUCCAAGCUGCAGCAGCGUCGCGAAAUCAUACGCGAGAUAUUUGUGGGCAGCGAGCGUCCCGCCUCAGCGCCGCCAGAAUGCGCCAAGGAGCAGCAGUCGACGGUUGUUGAUGAUGACGACGAGGGCUCCGCACUUAGCUACCAACAAUACGAAGAGUUUCUGGAGCAAAUGAAUCGCAUUGUCAGCGCCAACAACAACAAGCUAACGCGUCAUAGUCUGCCCGCCACAAAUAGUCCAGACGCCGCCACGCCCACCACGACCGCCAGCACGCACUGCGCGCACAAGCGCAAAUAUCUGCGUCGCAAAGGCAGCUCCGGCUUCGAUUACAUACGCAAGAAGAAACGUCCCGCCGCCCAGCAGAGCAGCAACUCCACGAACAACAACAACAACCACAGCAACGCCAGUGAGCAAACCUGCCUUGCAGCUGUGGCUGCAGCUGAUGCUGCCGCUGCCGCUGCUGCUUUGAUGGAUGAGGACACCGACAGCACCAUAGCGGGCAGCAGCUCCGCCCUACAUGCGCCGCUCAAGAUCAAAACCGAGCACGAUGUCUGCCGUGAGAUACAGAAGUGGGUGCUGAACAAGGGCGUGGGCCAGAGCACGAUGCACAAGGCGGCGCGUCAAGGUCUCAUCGAUGUGGUGGUCUACUGCCUGGACCGCAUGGGCAUGAAUCCCGAUCAGAAGGAUAAUGCUGGCUAUACGCCGCUGCAUGAGGCCUGCACCCAAGGCUGGCUGGAGAUCGCACGCAUCUUGCUACAGUUUGGUGCCAAUCACUCGGAGGCAGCCCAGUCGGGCAUUCGGCCACUGCAUGGCGCCAUCGAGAACGAUCACGAGGAGGUGGUGCGUCUGCUGUUGGCAUAUGGCGCCGAUCCGUUGCUGGCAACGUACUCAGGUCAAACUCCACUGGCAUUAGCUUCAAGCUCUUUGAUGCGCAGCAUAUUGCGCACAUAUCUCAGCGAUGCACAAAGUGCCGCCGCUGAUAUUAAGCCCAUAAGAUUUCCAGGACCCUGGGAGUUAUUUGAUGCAAAGGAAAAUGGUUUUGAUAUAUUCGAUAAUGUACCGCAUACAGCUUGUGAUAAGAGCCGAGCUCUACGUAGAGAAAGGAUUAAUCGAAGGCGCAGCAAUGCGAGCAAUGCAACAAAGCCCAUAAGUAAUAGCAACAAUAACAAUAAUAGCAAUAGCAACAACAACAAUAACAAUCACAAUAGUGCAACAAAUGGCUUGUUGCUUGCAACUACAAUCAAACAAAAUGGGGAGACGAGUGCAAAGACUGCAACUACAACAGGAGCAACAACAAUGGUUAAGGUUGAGCCAGGCGCUGAGGAUAGCAAUAAUAACAAAAACAACGAUGAAAUAAGCAUUGAGCAUAAUGUAACGAGUGUUGUGAAUGUCAAGAAUGAGGUUAAACUAGAACCGCAGGAGAUUGACGAGCUAACGCAGGAUCAUGAGCAGGAGCAGGAGCAGGACAACGAGGAGCAAUAUGAUAAUAACGAGGAGCAUGAUGACGAUGCGUUGAGUAACGAAUUGAAUGGUGAUAUUUUUGAAUUUGAAGAGGCCGAUGUGCCCUUGCCGCCACUGUACUUGCUCAAAGAUGAGGGCAGUGAUAAAUGGGUACUCUUAAAUGAUUUGUGCAAUUUACUUAAAGUCAAAUCCAAGGACACGCUGCUCAAUAAGAUCUGCCCCAACAACCAGACGCUGGCGACUACACAGAAGCAACUGCUGCGGGAAUUCAAAUUCGAUGACUUUCUGGAGCAGGCCACCUGUCUGCAGCUGCUGUGCGCCGGCGAGAAGCUGAAUAUACUUAGCUCCUCCAAGGUUGUGCUCAUCAGAUACAAUGAGAGCGUCAGAAAUCUAUUGGGCGUUAAGGCCAUUUUAAUGAAAUUUUAGUACGAAACAACAAGAAUUUUACUGCACUAGCAAAUAUGUUUUAGCAAGCGUAAAUAUGCAUACACAUACUAUAUUUAUAUACGAUAUGUAUCUUAUAACUAUAUGAAGAAUAUGUGUACUGUAGCUAUUAAUUUUAGUGCGUCAGCUUGAGGUCUUUGUCUUUGCAAAAGGCAAAGUCUUUCUUUUAUAUAAAACAAUUUAGAGCUAAGACAAAGUGAUACAAAGGUGCUAUACACACACACACACACACACUCAACAUUGAUGAAAAUGAAAAGAAAAACUGCAUAAUGUUUAUAAAGAGGUACGAGCAACGCGCAUCGGUUGAGCACCCGAUAAAGCCAGCUAAAUAAGCUAAUCUAAAUACUAUAUUUUAGACAUAAUUGUAUAAUGUAAUCUAUGGUUUUAAACGAAACAACAAAUUAGCAACAAACAAAAAUCAUACAACAAUUUGUAAAGUCUAAUUCUAAGUAAAGCAACAAAGGCGUAUUUAUGUAUUAUGUAUUUUUAAAUGAAAUUA